AUUCUUCUUUCUUGUUCCUGUUUCUUCUCAAGAGAUUUUUCCCAACUUCUUUGCAGCAGAACUGGGAGACUUUCACGAAGAAACAGAUAGAAAACAUCUGGCACGAACCCGGUACUUACCGAACCAAGACUGUUUAGAGAGCAAGAUCACGCACUUUCAUCAGAAGCACAUUGGCAGGAGCCCAGCUGAAUCUGACAUUCUGCUACUGGACAUAGCGAGGAAGUUGGAUAUGUAUGGCAUCAGGCCUCACCCUGCCAGUGAUGGCGAAGGGAUGCAGAUCCACCUGGCUGUUGCUCACAUGGGCGUACUGGUGUUACGGGGAAAUACAAAGAUCAAUACUUUCAACUGGGCUAAAAUCCGCAAGUUGAGUUUUAAGAGAAAGCAUUUUCUCAUCAAACUUCAUGCCAACAUCUUGGUGUUGUGCAAGGACACCUUGGAGUUCACCAUGGCCAGCCGAGAUGCCUGCAAGGCUUUCUGGAAGACUUGUGUGGAGUACCAUGCUUUCUUCCGACUUUCCGAAGAGCCCAAAUCAAAGCCCAAAACCCUACUCUGCAGCAAAGGUUCCAGUUUCCGCUAUAGUGGAAGAACCCAAAGGCAACUUUUGGAAUAUGGAAAAAAAGGAAGGUUGAAGAGCUUGCCAUUUGAAAGGAAACAUUAUCCAUCUCAGUACCAUGAACGGCAGUGCAGGUCCUCGCCAGACCUCCUCUCUGAUGUGUCAAAACAAGUGGAAGAUUUGAGACUAGCAUACGGCGGUGGGUACUACCGAAAUGUGAAUGGAGUGCACGCAUCUGAGCCGGUGCUAGACAGUCGGAGGAGAAAUUCUGCAGUGGAGGUGACGUUUGCAGCCGAGCUGGAGCGUUCCAAACCAGAAGCGGAUCCCAAAUCAUUACAUCAGUCCCAAAGCAGUUCCUCUUUCCCUUUUAUUUAUACAGACCCUGUCUUUAAAACUGACCCCGAUCCUGCCACUGAUCCCAGAGACUACUUUGAGGAAAGGAGUCCCCUAAGCUCCUUCCGAACAAGCUGUAAGUUUGCUGACAAUCACAUGAGCACAUCUUCUGGCCUGACAAGCAAAGUGAGUCCAGCAAGGCAGCUAACUUACACAGAUGUGCCCUAUAUCCCUUGUACUGGUCAGCAGGUUGAUAUCAUGCCUCCUCAAGUCUUUUUUUAUGUGGACAGACCACCCCAGGUGCCCCGACGGUCUCCAAUCAUGGCAGAGGAAAGGGAAAGGCAAGAUAACUGUCUAGAGCCCACUGCAAUGAAGCCGGCCAAAAAAAGCCCAAGGAAUGUCAGAAUGAAGAGCUUUCAGCAAGACUUUCAAGAACUCCAAGAAGCUAUGGCCAGGACUAGUGGUAGGAGCAACAUCAAUGUAGAUCCAGAAGAGGAAGACCCAAAUUUAGAGGAUGCAUUUGCAAGUAACAUUCAAGAGCAAACCCCUAAACGAUCCCAGAGCCAAUCAGACAUGAAAACUAUCCGUUUUCCUUUUGGGUCAGAAUUUAGACCUUUAGGGCCUUGUCCUGCUCUGAGUCGUAAAGCUGACCUGUUUACAUAUAUGUUUGCAGAGCAGGACUUUCCAACAGUUCUAAUGGAUCAGGGAGCAGCAGAAAGAUAUGUAGCCAGUGAAUCCAGUGAUUCUGAAUCAGAGAUUCUUAAACCAGACUACUACUCUUUGUAUGGCAAAGGAAUAAGGUCACCCAUGGCCAGAAUCCGCUUGUCUUCUGGUAGUCUACAGCUAGACGAAGAAGAUGAAGAUGUUUCUUUCACUACACCAACUGCUGAAGACAGGACUUUGCUAAAACCGUGUAAUUACUUUUUAACUUAAAAAUGUGAACUCUACGGACAUUCCUGGGCCAGUUCCAUGUUACCAACUUAGGUAAAAAAUUAGGAACCUUCUGCAUAAACCACUUUUUUAGUUAGUAUUCCUUGGUAUUAAUGGAAUCCUCUAAGUUUGGGCACCUAGCUUAUGAAAUAUCCAGCUGCUGCCUCGAUCCUCAAGCUCCACUCUUUUGUUCCCUCUGAAGGGUCUCUGGACCAUGCCCUCUCCUCACCAGCACUGUGGCGGGGUGAGGUGGGUAUUUGUCAUCUCCAUUAUACAUUUCUCCAUAGAGACAUUAUAAAUGAAAGUCAGGCUCUUCAACACUGAAGAAUGGUGACAGUAGGGGUUGGCAUAUAGAAUUGGCUUCUGAUGUCAUUUAGUGAUUUAGUAGAUUGUGACUGUGUUGGUCAUUUUGUUCUUAAUACUAUGACUAAAGGUUUCAGUCCUCAUUAUUUGCGUGGGGCCUGGUAAAAAUGGUCCUGUUAUAUGUUAAGAACUUUAAUUUUUAUAACAUAUACUAGGGGGAGCAUGGCCCUCCUAUAUCUCAGGAACAAGACAGUGGCAUAGAUCCUCUCAACACAACACAAGUCUAUAACUCAUCUAGGAACUGGCAGAAUUCUAAACCUCAAAAAUUCAUGAAUUAAUCAAUUGCUAAAGCCAGAUAUAUGCCUGAUGAAGAUAUUAUGAUGUUUGACUUAUUACUUCUCUAUUCUUAACUAUCUAUUAUAUGUAGCGAAAGAUAAAAGUUAACAUGGUGUUUAAUCUCUCCUGCGAGAAUUGAUUUUUUGCUAUAUCUUCUUGCAUGUAUGUAAUGUAGGCAAGGGAAUGAGAUGAAUAGUAUUUUAAUAAAGAGCAAUGGAAAUCCAUUUAUUUAAAAAAUAAUUUGUAAGUAUGAUCUUCCUUUUGUUUUAAUCAAUUUCAGAAGUGGUUGGUUCUAGCCUAUUACUAAGGGAAGGGACAGUUAGAGAACAAGGAAAAGAGGGAGGCAUGUGAAAAUGCCUAGUAAGGGAUGGAGAAGCGGUAAAUUGGGGUAGCUGAAAUGAAAAAGGAGAGUACUAAAACCAGACUGAGUUAAUGAACCAAAAUUCUAUUCUUGACCCAUUCAGAAUUUCUCUACCACUCCCCGUGGAAGUUAUAGCAUUCUAUUUGAGAACUUUAUUUUGUUUAUUGAUUUUAAUGUUAAGUACAACAUAUUUACAAGAUAAUGUUAGGUACUAACUUCAAAGAAAUGAUGCAAUCAUAUAGGCAAGCUAUUUUUAUCUAUGACUUCAGUGAGAAAAGAUGGAUGGAAUAGUUUCCUUAUUCUCUUAGUCCUAACAUCAGAAAAAUCCCUUUUAAUAUACCUCACUCUACUCCUUCCCCACAUUCUACCACUUUCCUUCCUGUCCCUGGAAUCGUAUCUAGUAACUCACAGACUAGAAUAUUUAAUAAUAAGACUAUAUCGAAGCCCAAUCACCUAUAUAUCAAUCCUAUAGAUCCUCAAAGCUAUGUUAAGUUCAUCUUUGACCUUUUCUCUAGGAAAAUCUCAAAUUCCUUCAGGCUUAUGCUAUUUCUCAUAUGAAUUUCUGGAAACCUUUGUGAAAUUUGUUUGCCCCAGGGAACUAUAGGGUUCCAAUCUGUAAAAGAUUUCCAAAUAAAACUAUAAUUAGGGUGAUCAUAUAAUUUAUUGUCCAACCUUGGACAUUUUUGAGUGAAAUAUAGGAAUCUAGUAAUAGUUUUGUCAGGAUGGGGCAGAAAUGAGGACAGACGUUCACUGUAGCUACAAUCAAUGCUUAAUAAAAUGUGAAGAAUAUCUUCCAGUUUUCAACAGAAACAUUGGUGUUAAAGUUCCAACAAUAGAUCAAAGGGCAAAGGAGAAAUAAUUUGAAACAAUUAAAAUACUAUACCAUACCCCGCUCAAGAAAACAAACAUUGAAGACCAUGAAAUUUAAGAAUUUAUUUUUAAACCCCCCAAAACACUGGAGUAUGCUUCACCUAGAAACACUUUACAGGACUACUAACUACAAUGAAUAAGCAAUACAAUUUCUAUCCAUGAUACAGUUGUGUCGUCAAGUUUCAAAUAAUCAAUUUAUAAAUCUGUUGCUUUGACUUUUACAAAAAUAUUCAUUUAAUCAAUGAUGAGUUGCAAAAUUAUUUCCAGACCUUUACAGAUCAUAAACUGUAAUGGAAUUUCAGUUAGACAGCAGGUGAAAAUUUUAACUGGACCAUUACUUCAAAAUAUAAUAUGUUAAAAGUAAUUGUUACAGUACAGGCACCAAUGAAAAGAAUUUCUUGGCAUAUGAUAUGACAACUUAUUCACAUAUCUGUAUUAUUACAAAAACAGAGGAGGUAAUGGGCACUUUGACUAAAAACUGCAUUCUUUACUUGAAGAACAU